UUUUCCAAUUAGGAAAUUCAAAUGCAAAUGUUCAACAAACAACAAUAACUCAACAACAAUGCAGGUCGACUAUUACAACGGUUACUUAGAUGUGAAAAUACCAUCGAAAUCUAAAAGAGGAUUUACACCUUGGAAGACCUGGAAGAAGCAAUGGUGUGAAAUCAACCGUCUGGAUAACAUAGAAAACGGCAUUGAACUGAAACUGAGAUCUUGCAAAGAAGGGAACAUUCUAAAUUGCUUCAUAUUACCCAGGUCUUCCACAAUAUGUCGAACAGAGUCUCGAACUAAGCAGUACGCAUUUGGAGUCUUUAAUCUCGGAAGGAAAGCAGAAACCUCUCAUAUUUUUGAACGGCAGCUCAGAGACACAGACUCAGGAAUGGAUGUUGACUCUCAGGAGAAUGCUUGCGGUUGCUUCAUACAUUCCAGUUGACAACUCAAACUUCCGUGUCUCCUUAGUCGACAACCAUCAUUCACGAGCAGCUGGCCUAUUAGGAACCUUCGGUGUUUUGAGCAUCAAUCAACAGGAUUUGAGUAUAAACGAUCCUUGCACAGGAGAGCCCAAAAUUACAUGGAAAUGGUUUCAGUUUCAUCAGUUCCAUCUUCAGGCUCCUCUACAGCCUGAAGAUGACCGGAGGCGAAUUCCUGCCGGUCCAGGACUAAUUCUACUCUACUGUAAGCAAGCCUCCAGUCUUCUACACCACCUCGUAUCUAGAGGACAUUUUCCGAAGACCAAGAAUCGUUUGAGUCGAAGCGAGGGGGAUCUCGUCAAUGCCUUCAACAACUCCUUCCAUGCCGAGAGUCCUGUAUGUUUAAGAAGCCAAACUGGCAGCGAGGAUUCUGGUAUAAGAGCGUCUAUUGUUUCCGAUGAUUCAGAAUACGUUGCCAAAGGCAAGGAUGCUUCAAGUCUUAUUAAUAUGGGAAUGGAUGAAGUAACAAAAACACCUGGUGGUAGCGAAACAGAAGAUUCCUCUUUGGACCUUGUUGGGACAAAUUCAAAAGGUAAUAUUCCAAGAAACGAAUCAGGCAUUUCCUUGGCAUCAGGGAUAUACGAAGAGAUACCAGACGAUUACGAGCGUAAAACUACAUCACAUUCAAAACAUACUAGCCACGUUUACGAAAACCCUGCAGAUGUCAUUGUAGAACUAAGGAAAUCGUUUUUUACACCGCCUCCUUUACCUCCAAGGUCUCUAGAUUUUACCUGGAUAAAUAGGACUCGGAUCAACUCAGAAAACAAUACGUUACAAAAGCAGCUCGUUUCGAGUUUAAAACCUCGCGCCAACACCAUGCCAGCUCAAGACCUCUCAAAAAUAUCGAAGAUCUUCACCACGGAAUCGGAUUACGUCGUCAUGAGUCCGAGCAAAACACAGGACAAGGCCAAAAAACCGGCAGCUGAAAACUUCUACAUGCCAAUGUUACCACUUAAGUAUUUAAAGUUUAAGACUGACAAUAUAACGGUUGAUCUAAAGAAGACUUGACUUUUUAACAUGUUUUAAAUGUUUUGAUACUAUUUUAUAUGUAUUAUAGGAUUUUUUCCUGCUAAAUCCGUUUCACGUCAUCGAUCAGCUGUUCAAAUUUGUUAUCCGAAUGAUAGAACAUUGACAAGUCUAUCAACUUAACCUAAAAAACUUGGUUAUCAGAUCUCCAUGGCGAGCAUCAUAAACUAUUGUUUGACUACUGUUCGUCUGUCUGGAUUUUAUAAACCAAAACUGCAAUAAUUUUACUAUUAAUGUAACCAUUAAUGAUGAAAAUUAUUCUCGCCACUCUUCGCAGUCUCUUCGCAAUCCAUAAUUUGAACACUUCAGUUAUCUUUAAGUAUUUAAUGAAAAUAUCAGUAAAGCUACACUUUCACGAACUGCCCUAUGCUUUUUAUUGAAGGAAUUGUGA